AUGGUACCUUCAACAAUCCCUUCGAGUAUAUUUGGUGGAUGUAAUAAAUUAGUAUCAAGUUUCUUGCCACGAAGAGAGUUGAGAUUGCGUUCCGGUUUAUGGCAUGAUGGAAAAUGGAAGGAGAGUGAUGACAAGCUUAAAGAAAUUGCGAUAAAGAUAUUAGAUUCGAUAAGAAAUAUUUGGUGUAAUCCAGCUUUUGAUGAUGAUUUUAUUGAAUCAUUGGACGAGGGCACUUAUGUGAAUAAUGUGGUCGUGUCUGCAACACAUGCUUCAUUAUCUGAUAAUCCUUUUGGCGAGCGUGCAUUUAUUACCACUUACGAACGUCAAAGUGUCGCAAGUGCGGAUAGGAGAGGAGAUGGCGGAAUGGGAAGACGACCAGAUAUUAUGUUUAUUACAAAAGAGGAUAGCAAGAUUUAUGAACUUAUGUAUGCAGAAUGUUCGAGAAUUAUUUGUACUACGCAAAAAGAAGAUGAUGAUAGAGUGAAACUUUGGCGCGAAACAAACGAUGGGAUGUACUGGGUUCAUAAAAGUCGUAGGCCAGAAAAGAACCAAUUUGGAAUUAUUGGAGUGCAGGUUGCGGGAUUAAAAAUGUUGUUAAAUGUUCUCGUCAGAGAUAAUACACCCCCACGUAGAUCGAGUAGGAAUUUAGAAGAUAGUACAACUGUAUCAUCCGAUUAA